GCGGGCGGCGCCGCCUCUCCGCAGCAGCAGGCGGUGGUUAAAGGCGGUGGCGGGAGGCCGGUUUCGUCGCCCUCGCACCCGCUCGGAUUUUUUCCAGUGAAAAUUAACCACGCAAAGUAAGCGAAGAUGUCCGUGGAUCCAAUGACCUACGAGGCCCAGUUCUUUGGCUUCACGCCACAAACCUGCAUGCUGAGGAUCUACAUCGCAUUUCAGGACUACUUGUUUGAAGUGAUGCAGGCCGUCGAGCACGUUAUUCUGAAGAAGCUGGAGGACAUCCCGGGCUGUGAGAUUAGCCCCGUCCAGAUUCGUAAAUGCACAGAGAAGUUUCUUGGCUUCAUGAAAGGACGUUUCGAUAACCUUUUUGGCAAAAUGGAGCAGCUGUUUUUACAGUUGAUCCUUCGUAUUCCCCCAAACAUCUUGCUUCCGGAAGAUAAGCCUCAGGAGGUGCACCCCUGUACUGAGGAAGAAUUCCAUCUUCUCCAGAAAGAAAUCGAACAGCUACAAGAGAAGUAUAAGACUGAAUUAUGCGCUAAGCAGGCCCUUCUCGCAGAAUUAGAGGAACAAAAAAUUGUUCAGGCCAAACUUAAGCAGACAUUGGCUUUGUUUGAUGAGCUUGAAAAUGCCGGCAGAGAUCACGGCACUAGUGAUUUUAGGGAGAGCUUGGUGUUCCUGGUCCAGAACUCCAGAAAACUCCAGACUAUUAGGGACAAUGUGGAACAGGAAGGCAAAAGAAUGAAAAUAUCUUAAUUUCUAAGUAGCAACAGGAGCUCAUUAGAAAGUAGAAUAGUAAAGAUUUAUAUCAUUGAUAUUCUAGUGAACUGUACAUCUUACGGGAUUUCCUUUGUUUGCUCUUUGCUGUACUCCACACCUCCCUCUGUCUUGGUCCACUCUGCUGAGGUAGCUCCGCACGCCCUGGACUAAUCUCUGGAGCAUCUGUUCCCUAGCGACCUCUCGUCAGCGGGUCGGGAUUCCUGGUCCAGUAACAAUUCCCUGGGGGCCAUGACUGAAGAGGCAGGGUCUCCCUGGCCGGUCAGAGAUGUUUGUAAAGCUGUUCCUUGGUCCUCUGUAACUUGGUCCUUUCGACUUACUCCUUGGAUGCGAUCAAAUGAGAAAAAGGUGCAGUGGGUGGCUUCGUUACGAACCAGCCGCUGCCCCGCGAGACUGAAGCCAGCUCGGCCUGCCUGCUCUCGUCCGCCAGCGUGUCUUGCGCGGGGACGUCAGCUGAGGGAAAGAAGCGAGUAGAACGAUACACGUGAUCUUUGAGAAAGAGCAAACAAGUUGUUUUCGUUCCUAAACUAGAACCUCUCUGUGACGUGGAGCAGUCCGCCGUCGGGGAGCCCAGCAGGGGAAGACCGUGGGCAAAGGAGAGGCAGGUCUCACUGGGGUAGAAGGGGAAGCCCGGAACAGAGCGAAGAGCAAAGUUGAUGCGAACUGACCGCUAGGCAUUUAUAUCAUUUUUUUCAUACCUCGGUUAGUUUUGGAAUCUGCCCUGUACCUAAUAUUUUUAAAAUUAUUUAUUCAUACUCCUAAGCAUCAAAUAUUUAGUACCCACAGUGGGGAAAUUUUAGCUGUCUUGUGCUUAAAUUUAGUGGAGUCUAAUAUUUUCUUCUGAAAUUAAUCCAUGUGACAUGUUGUGUCACCCAGAGAAAGAGCAUGAAUAGCAGUCAGGGCGUUUCCCUCCGCGUCUUCCUUAAAGAACAGGUUUGGAGUUUCUCCCUUAUGCAGAAGAGUAACUUGGGACAUUAAUGUUUGCAAUUAAAUAUUCAUAGAUUUAAGAUGCCUGUGUUUACCUGGAAUAUGUUUAUCAUCAAAGUGUCUUUUUUCCAAUCCUGUACAUGAAAUGCACAUAUUUUAAAGGCUUUGGUUGUUGAUUUUCUGUUAUUUAAGUAACCUCAGCG